AUGCUUCGAUGGCUAACUCAAAAGCUCAAUCCUAUGCCAAAACCUAAAGUCAUUGUUAUAGCUGGAACAACAGGGGUUGGUAAAUCCCAACUGUCAAUCCAAAUUGCUUCUCACGUCUCGGGCGAGGUGAUAAAUUCAGAUUCCAUGCAAGUUUACAAGGGUGUUCCCAUUAUAACUAACAAGCACCCAGUAUUAGAGCGCAACAAUGUUUCGCACCAUGUCAUGAAUCAUGUGAAUUGGGACGAGGAGUACUACCUGCACAGGUUCGAAAAGGAAUGCCUCAGUGCUAUUGAAGAGAUACACUCGAGAGGCAAAAUCCCAGUAAUAGUGGGAGGAACGCACUAUUAUCUUCAGAUUUUGCUUAGCAAACGGGUGGACCAGAAAACUAGGGUACCGACAACGGAUGAGCAGGCCAUUUUGGACAGCAAUGAUUCGGACGCUGUGUACGGAGUACUUCAGAAAAUCGACCCGAGUAUUGCGGCUAAAUACCACCCGAACGACACUCGAAGAGUGCGGAGAAUGCUGGAGAUAUAUUACACAACAGGCCAGCGCCCCAGUGAGACAUUUGCGGGGCAGAAAAACACCCUGAAGUUCGAUACUCUAUUUUAUUGGAUAUACAGCAAGCCAGAGACACUAGAGCCCAGGCUAGACUCAAGAGUAGAUCAGAUGAUGGACGCUGGUGCGCUCUCCGAACUCGAGCAGCUUUUUGAAUUUUACAAAAAUCACAUAUACACCCAAGACGAUUGCGAACAUGGCGUUUGGCAAGUGAUUGGCUUCAAAGAAUUCCUUGCAUGGCUAGAAAAGACGCCGGGGGCAUCAUUUGAUCUGUCAGUUGACCGCAUGAAACUUAGGACACGCCAGUAUGCUAAAAAACAGGUCAAGUGGAUAAAGAAGAUGCUGCUCCCUGACGUGAAGGACCAUUUAUUUGUGUUGGAUGCAACGGACCUCCAGAAAUGGGACCAAAAUGUUGCAGCACGAGCCAUGGCCAUAGUCGACAAAUUUAUUGUUUCGCAGCCCAUAGCCGAGGAACAUGCGCCACCCACACUCUCAGGCUUGCUCAUUGAUGAUCUGUCUGGUACCAGCAGUCCCAAGGCUGAGAAAGAUUGGAAUCAAUAUGUUUGUCACACCUGUCGCGAUAAAGAAGACAAGCCGCUUCUGGCCAUUGGAGAUAAAAAUUGGCAAGUUCAUUUGAAAAGUAGGCGCCAUCGUACUAAUUCAACGAGGGCCAAAAGACAGAAGCAACAUCAGCAAUGGAAAGAAAAUAAACUAGAAUCUUCUAGUUUCGGUUAA